GGUGGGUGAGCAGACGUUUAAUGUAGGUGGGGGCAAGCCGAUUGAGGGUUUUGUAGACAUAGAGGAGAAGGGAGAAAGGGAAGAAGUUGCAGACGUGAAGAGUCACCGUCUAUCUGGAACGCGGGGGACGCAAGUAGAAUCGCUGCUUUCAUUUCUUUAGGAUUGGUGGCAACAAUGGGACCUGCCAGGCAGGAUCAGGUUAAAUCAUCCAUACAAUCUCUGACAACAAAUAAAUCAGCCAUCCAGGAAAUGGAAGAGCAACAGAAGCAGAAGAUUUCCCAAGUCCGGGAGCAGUCACAAAGCCUCAAGUCUCACGUCACAUCUCAGUUUGCUGAACUGCACCAGAUUCUCGUGGAGAAAGAGCAGCGCAUUCUUGGAGAGAUCAAGGAGGAUGAGGAGAAGAUUCUAAGUCCAAUGGAGAAAAAUCUUCAAGACAUUCAAGAGAAUUUAAACACUAUUGAGGAGGAACUCUCAACGCUGCUGGGGCGAAUGGAACAAACAGACAUCGUGUCAUUUCUGAAGGAGGAAGCUGUUCGCAAGAGGAGAAUUAGUGAUGAAUUCCAGACAUUGUCACUGAGAGAUGGUGCCAUACUGGAUGAAAAAUUCAAACAUCUCUUCUGGUUGAAGGCAGUGUUGAGAGAACCCAUUGUUGCGAUUCACCAAGUCUCCGUCACCCUGGACGUGGAAACAGCGGGUCCGGGGCUCAAAGUGUCUGACGAUCGGAAGGGGGUGAGACGGACCGGGACCUGGAACAGGCUCCCUGACACUGGGAAGAGGUUUACAGCCCGGCGUUUGUGCUGGGAUCGGAAGGAUUCACAGCGGGGAGACAUUACUGGGAGGGUGAGGUGGCGGGGAGUCGGGGAUGGAGUCUGGGAGUCGCCGCAGAGUCUGUGGAGAGGAAAGAAGAGGUCACACUGAUCCCUAAGACUGGCGUCUGGAGCAUCGACCGGUGGGAUGACAAGUUUGAUGCAUCCGCCUCCCCGCCAUCCCGUCUGCCCACCCGUCCC